UCUGUCGUAAACUUGUUUAUAAACAUCCCGACUAGCGUCCGUUAAUUAGGCUAACAACGUGGGAGAGUGAGUAUCCUGGAAAGUGUCUGGGCGAACUCAGACGGCGUUAUUGUGUGUUUCAUUAGCUCUCAUUGAAUUUAUAUUCGUGCUAUCUCACGUGUAUUGAUUUUUAAAUCUGUGGUUCCAAGUUAAAUAUGGACCGUUAGCGUGCGUCUGUUAAUAAAUGUUACGCCUCUACUGGAUCUCGAAUCGCUUACCACAAGAAACCAAGUAGCCGUAGUUAAUAUUUAAAGUAUAUUUAAAGUUAUUUAGUCUAUUAAUAACACGGAUAUAGUGUCAUUUUGAUUCAUAUAUUAAAAUUAAAACGUACAUCCAAAAAAGAGGCUUCAGGGGACAGGGAAAGCAUUGGAACAGAGUAGACAGAUUAAAGAGGUAUAUACAUUCCAUAUUUUUGCAUGUUCUUAUCACGUCAAAGAAGAAGAAUCUGCACAGGAGGGCAUGAGUCCGAAGAAGAGGGGCGAGAGGAAGAGGAAGGUGGGGGAACAGACUGAACAAGUUAAAGAAGAAUCUCUACAGGAGGGUAAGAGUCUGAAGAAGAGGGGGAAGAGGAAGGUGGGAGAACAGACUGAACAAGUUAAAGAAGAGUCUCUACAGGAGGGCAUGAGUCUGAGGAAGAGGAAGGUGGGGGAACAGACUGAACAAGUUAAAGAAGAAUCUCUACAGGAGGGUAAGAGUCUGAAGAAGAGGGGGAAGAGGAAGGUGGGGGAACAGACUGAACAAGUUAAAGAAGAGUCUCUACAGGAGGGCAUGAGUCUGAAGAAGAGGGGUGAGAGGAAGGUGGGGGAACAGACUGAACAAGUUAAAGAAGAGUCUCUACAGGAGGGUAAGAGUCCGAAGAAAAGGGGGAGGAGGAAGGUGGGGGAACAGACUGAACAAGUUAAAGAAGAGUCUCUACAGGAGGGCAUGAGUCUGAAGAAGAGGGGCGAGAGGAAGGUGGGGGAACAGACUGAACAAGUUAAAGAAGAGUCUGCACGUGAGGAGGAAACUUGCAAAGAAAUGGUGUUGGAUGAUUUGAGGGAGAGAAAAAGCAAGAGAGGAGGAGUAAAAAAGUUUAUUGGUGCUCACAUGUCGAUAUCAGGUGGGAUAUGGCAUGCAGUGCAGGAUAGCCUCACCAUCGGGGGACGCAGUUUCGGCCUGUUCCUCGGCUCCCAGCGCUCGUGGCAGAGACCUCCGCUUGAUGGCACAGCAGCAGCUAAGUUCAGGGAGGCCUGUGCUCGGCACAGCUUUGAACCAGCCUACAUACUUCCGCAUGGUUCUUACCUGAUGAACUGUGGUUCCCCAAAGCAAGAUGUAUUUGAGAAGAGCCAGGCUAUGCUGGUGGACGAGCUGAACCGCUGCAGUGCCCUGGGUCUCAGUUUGUUUAACCUACAUCCCGGAGCCUCGCUAGGGUCCAUCACUACAGAGCAAUGCAUUGAGAAGAUCGCCCAGGCCAUCAACCACGCCCACCGGCAAACCUCCGGUGUGGUCACAGUUCUGGAGAACAUGAGCGGACAGGGGAGCACCGUGGGUGGGCAGCUCAGCGAGCUGCGGGGCAUCAUCGACAAGGUGCGGGACAAGAGUCGCGUUGGGGUCUGCCUGGACACGUGCCACGCUUUCGCCGCUGGGUAUGACCUGUCUGCAACGGGAGGGGUGAAGUCGGUGCUGGAGGAGUUUGAUAAGAUAGUGGGGCUCCAGUAUCUUCGUGCCGUUCAUCUCAAUGACUCAAAAGGUGGUCUUGGCUGUAACCUGGACCGUCAUGAAGAUAUCGGACGCGGCAAAAUUGGGCUAGCCACGUUCCGUGAUAUCGUGAAUGAACCACUGCUUGACAACAUCCCUCUCAUCCUGGAAACUCCUGGUCGCCCAGGGUUCGAGUACGCAGAACAGAUAGCACUUCUGUACUCCCUCUGCGAAGACUAGAAGAAGCCCAGCAACGGUCUUCUAAAGAAAAGGAAGAGGAGUGCUGUUCAGUCCUGUUUUGUUCCAUUUACAUUUGAUCAUUCUGUUGCUGCCGUUAGUUCAGCUCGCUGUUGGAUGUUUUCUUGGGAAAGUGUCACAAUAAACUAGCAUUUCGGUGAGUUAAAUUUGA